AUGCCGUCACUCUCGAGGCCUGGUAAUCUGAAAGACCCAGAAGUUGCAGGACUAUUUUGCAGUGAUGACCCAGAAAAAAUAUUUGGUGACUUGCGGGAAAUCGGACAUGGAAGUUUUGGCGCUGUCUAUUUUGCUCGCAACAAUGUUACCAAGGAGGUGGUGGCAAUCAAAAAGAUGUCCUACAGUGGCAAAGGAUCCAGUGAUAAAUGGCAAGACAUAAUCAAGGAGGUGAAGUUUCUACGCCAGCUCAAACACAAGAACACAAUAGAGUAUAAAGGAUGUUAUAUCAAGGAACACACAGCAUGGCUCGUUAUGGAAUAUUGUUUGGGUUCAGCAUCCGAUAUUAUAGAAGUUCACAAGAAGCCACUGAAAGAGGUGGAGGUUUCAGCAAUUUGCCAGGAUGGCCUGGAAGGACUUAUGUACCUCCAUAGCCAGGGGAAAAUACACAGAGAUGUCAAAGCUGGCAACAUUCUUCUCACAGAAAAUGGCACCGUUAAAUUGGCUGACUUUGGCUCAGCCUCGCUGAUCUGCCCAGCAAACUCCUUUGUGGGCACACCUUACUGGAUGGCACCAGAGGUCAUUCUGGCCAUGGACGAGGGUCAGUAUGAUGGCAAGGCUGACAUCUGGUCCCUGGGCAUCACUUGUAUAGAAAUGGCGGAACGCAAGCCGCCUCUGUUCAACAUGAACGCCAUGAGUGCUUUGUACCAUAUAGCACAGAACGAUUCUCCUAGUCUCUCCGGCGGGGACUGGUCUGACGAGUUCCGCAACUUUGUGGAUGCUUGCCUGCAUAAAGUACCCAAGGACCGGCCAUCGGCUGCAGAACUACUUUCACAUCCAUUUGUUAAAAAGACGCGGCGAGUGGACGUGAUUCUAGAAUUGAUUCUACGCACUAAAAUGGCUGUGAAGCAGCUGGACAACCUCCAGUACCGACGGCUCAACAAGCUUAUUAUGAAUGGAGGCACCGACGAGAACUUACUUGAGGGCUCCUCUGUCACCAGUGUCGACGACCUGGUUGUGCCAGAUGAUAACUCCUCACAGGACGAUGACAACUUAGAUGGCAAGUCAGACAGUCUAAAAAGCCAACAGAGCAACGCAGCCAGCAGUCAGAGCAGCGUGGCCAGCCUUUCUCUGGCCAGUCAUAACGACGAGCCAAUCUCCUUUGGCAGGGACAGACAUGCCUCUGGGGGCAGCUCGAGAGGAUUUGACCCCAACCUUGCCAACAACUUUGCUACAAUCAGAACUACCUCCAUUGUUCAGAAGCAGAUCAAAGAACACGAACGCAGCAAUGACUACAGGAACUUCACUGUUUACAAACGGCUGCGUAAGGCUCACCAAAAGGAGUUGCAGACAAUAGAAACACGCUUCAAGGCAGAGAUGGAGGAACAUAAGCAGAAGCUGGACAGAGAGUACGAGAACCUGCGCCAGCGUUUCUCCCGGGAGCUGGAGAAGUUGAAGGUGCAGCACACUGGAGAGUUGGACAGACAGAACAAGAGCAGCCAGGCUAUGGAGCGCAAGUUCCUCCGAGACACUCAGCAGAAUCAUGACACGGAGAAAAGAAGCCUCACAGAACAGAUGAAGAAGAACUACAAGGUGGACAAGGAGAAGAUGAAGAGGGGCCUAGAAGGCAGCACUCCAAGGCGAGAGAGGGACGAUGCCAUGAAGACAUUCAAGGAGAGUUUGACCAGAAAGAAGAGGGAUGCAGAGUUCCGCUUGGAGAAGCACCACAAAGAUACUUUAGAGUUCAACCUUCGGGCUUUCAGACGUAGAAAACUGCUGCAGUACCACAUGCUGGAGCAGAAGUUGAUGCAAGAGGAGAUCGCUCAGCGGCGAGCGCAGCUGGAGUACGAGCACACCAUGCUGGUGCGCCACCAUGAGUCCACCCAGGACCUGGAGUACAAGCACCUGGCCGCCUUGCAGAAGAUGAAGGACGAGCAGCUGAAGAAGCAGCAUGAGACAGAGAGAGACAACCAGACCGACUACAACCUGUGCGCUGAAGCCGAACUCCGAAAGAAACAUGCCCUGGAGGUUAAACAGCAGCCCCGGAGUUUAAAGGCCAAGGAGAUCCAGAUUAGGAAACAGUUCAACGAAGCAGUCAAGACUCAGCAGAGGCAGUACAAGGCCCUGAAGGAUCACAUCUUACAGAACACGCCCAAGAACGAGCAGAAGGCGGUGGUGAAAAAGCUUAAGGAGGAGCAGAUGAGGAAGCUGGCGGCUCUCGGAGAUCAAUACGAAGCCAGCAUCACAGAGAUGCUGCAGCAGCAGAAUGUGAGACUGGAUGAGACUCAGAUGGCAGACGCCAACGAGUUGAAGAACCGUCUGCAGCAGGAGCUGGAGCUACUGAUUGCUUACCAGAGCAAGAUCAAGAUCCACACGGAGGCACAGCAUCAGCGGGAGCGCAAGGUGUUGGAGGAGAGAGUCUCUUUACGCCGGGCUUUGUUAGAACAGAAGAUGGAAGAGGAGCGGGUGAACUUUGACCGGGAGAUCCAAGAGAAAAGAUCCCAGCUGCAGGAGAAGCAGGCCAAGGAGCUGGAGGCCUUCGACAUUGAGACAACAGCCAUGGGCCUCAAGGCCAUCGAGGUGGCCCAGGCCUCACUGGAGCAGGUGGACGACGACAUCAGUAUACGGGGCAGCAUGCUCAGUCUCAGUGGGAGCUCUUCCAGCAACUCUUUCACCUCCCACACUCCGUUAUAA